AUGCAGGCCUUCAGGGACCCAGCAGUAAAAGCUAUUGUUUGUACUAUUGGUGGUUUUACCUCGCACGAAAUCUUGGAGUAUCUCGAUUUCGACGUCAUUGCAGCGCACCCGAAGAUCUUUUGUGGGUUCUCGGAUAUUACGACGCUCCAUCUCGCAUUGUACGCAAAGUCACAGCUUUGUAGCUUCUACGGGCCUGCUGCUAUCGUCCAAUUUGGAGAAUUUCCCGAGCCAUUACCGUACACCAUGGCAUCGUUCUUGAACGCAGUACAGUCGACGGAUCCUCUUGGACAGGUGACACCGUCGACUGAGUGGACUGAUGACAAGACGGCAAACUGGUUCACACGCGCUGAUAUCACGUAUCAAGACAUAAUGAAACCCAACAAAGGUUACACAUGGCUGCGGUCUGGUAGUGCUCAAGGGCCGAUUAUAGGAGGUUGUCUGCCCACGCUUCUCCUGGUGCGCGGUACCGAAUAUAUGCCCGAUCUACAAGACGCCAUUCUACUGAUUGAAUCCCCCGAAGGAGCUCAAUUUGACGAAGGCAUAUCGCUCUCAGACGUCAACGUCGCGCUUGGGUGGCUGAGGGCGGAUGGCACGUUCGAGAAGAUUCGCGGUCUAAUUGUCGGCCGAGCCUUUGCGUUUUCUGAAGCACAGGUUGAGGAAUUUCAGCGGCUUAUCCGCCACCACACACGAGGCACAAGCUUCCCGAUCCUUUACGGAGUGGACAUCGGUCACACGAACCCGAUCGCAACCAUCCCACUUGGUUGUAAGGCAGAACUCGAUGCGGUUACCAACUCGUUCAAAAUUUUGGAGAGUGGAGUAGUUAAAAGGGGGUAA